GUUACCUUAACUUAAGCUGACGUAUCUUCAUCAACCUUUUCCCAACCUGCUUCUUUACCCGCAAUUAUCUUUUACUCCCCCUCAAUAGUAGUGGAAUUGGUCUAGGUUUCAUUUCAUAAGUGAAACCCUGAACUGAGCUUAUAUUGCAGAAUACAAUAUCUACCUCGUUUCCGAUACACCACAGCCGUGCUCAGUGACCAUGUCGUUAUCGCCGAUCAUCACAUUCAAAGCGGGUAUCUGUGAUCUGGAUACAUCCGGCUCCAGUCCCGUGGUUAAACCCAAACAGACUCCCGGCUAUAUCUACCUCUACUCCGAAGAUGAACUGGUGCAUUUCUGCUGGCGCCCUCGAUCUGCUUCUCACACAGAACCCGAGUUGGACCUGGUCAUGGUGCCUUCCGACGGAACCUUCACCCCUUACCGGCCGGCCGGAAAGGAAAGGCCCACAAACGGUCGUAUCUUCGUCCUAAGGUUCUCGUCAAGCUCUCAGAGGUACCUCUUCUGGCUCCAGUCUAAAACUCAGCAUGAGAGAGGUGAUCCCAGCUGGUUCAGCCCCAGGGAUCUCAAGCUGGGUGAUAUUGUCAACACGCUACUACAAGGUGAGGAGGUGGAUGUUGUGGGUGAAAUCGCGAAUCUCCCUAGAGGCCCGUCAAAUGACGACGAUGAGACAAUGGAGGAUGUUGAAGGCGUGGACCAUGACCCCAAUCAUAACCAUGGUGGUAAUAGCGGGGGCGCGGGGCCGGAUGCAACUGGCGGCGAUGUGAGGGAGGAGGGGCAAGAAUCACGAGAAGGCGGUGCCGAUGGUGGAAGAGCGUAGGU